AGGCAAUAUUCGCCUCUUGCAGCCCCUGUCCGUUUAUGGAAGCAAAUUUCCUAUACAACCUACAGAAGCGCAGCGUAGACUUUCUCUCGUAGCGAUGUUCAACGAGAGGUGUUUGCUAGACGAAGCCGAGAUGGAGACACGCAAGCUGUCCAGAGAUUUCAACAUUCCCCUGGACGACACUCACAAUGUUCGAAGAGAGUUUUUGCGCUUUGACACUGAAAAGAGGGGCUACUUGACUUUUUUUGACUUCCGCAAAGUGGUCAAAGCGCUGACAUCGCGACACACCCUUUGCCGUGCAGAUGCGUUGCUUCAAGAAAAUCAUCUUCGUGCUCUUUGGAAUAUCGUGGACAAAGAUGGAAGCGGCUGCGUAGAGUUCGAAGAAUUCUUGCAAUGGUUUCACAGCCAUUUCUUGAAGGAGAAGCCGCCAGCGAGAAGUUUGCACAGUGGAACGAUGGUGGAAUCAGUCACAGAGCAUUUCUACGCGUCCAUGGGGGUGAACCGCUUGCGUGGCUACCUGACGAGCUUUGGAGAAGGAGACCAGGAGGCAGACGAGGACGAAGUAGAACCAGUUGCUGGAGAGGAUUCGCCCAAAUCUCGCAAGAAGACGGUAUGGCUUCGGGCAGGGCUGGUCGCAGCAACUGGAAAAGGCCGAUUAGUUGUGAAAGAUGAAAGCGAUCGUUGAGUGCCCUGAGCCAGUGCAUGUUAUGGAUCCAAAAGGGACAGGCUCAUUCAGAGUCUAUCGAGUGCCUUGAGCUUACUUCGCAAGAUUUUGCAAGCGCUUUAGUCUUGAGUCAUGAGUCCGUUUGACUCACAUUGACUCAUGAGCGGCUCGAUUGUGCUGUCGUCAGCAUGCCAUUUGGCAAAUAAUGCUGGUCGUAUAACCUUGUGGUGCCGUGAAGGCACUGAUCUGAAUCAAACCAGCUGAUCCACGACUGAAGGCAGUUCCUGCUGAAAAAACAAGGAAAAAAACAUGGUUGUAUGUUUGCUGGGACAGGCU